AUGAGGAUCACCCCUAGUGCACCCCGAGGACCACCCCCAGUGCACCCCGAGGACCACCCCAGUGCACCCCGAGGAUCACCCCCAGUGCACCCCGAGGACAACCCCCAGUGCACUCCGAGGACCAUCCCCAGUGUACCCCGAGGACCACCGCCAGUGUACCCCGAGGAUCACCCCCAGUGCACUCUGAGGACCAUCCCCAGUGUACCCCGAGGACCACCCCCAGUGCACCCCGAGGACCACCCCCAGUGCACCAUGAGGAUUACCCACAGUGUAUCCCGAGGACCACCUCCAGUGCACCUGCACCCCGAGGAUCACCCCAGUGCACCCCGAGGACCACCCCCAGUGCACCCCGAGGACCACCCUCAGUGCACCCCGAGGAUCGCCCCCAGUGCACCCCGAGGACCGCCCCAGUGCAUCCUGAGGACCACCCCCAGUGCACCCCGAGGACCACCUGCUCCUAAGGGCCACUGUCCCUCCAGGUCCUCACAUGUCCACAUUCCCUGGGUGCCCUCCCUGGUAGAACAUGAAAACGCUCUGGUGCAGGGUGACCUGGGUGGCUUGUUCCUGAGAGUGGAUCAAGACAAAGGCAGAGACUGCAGCGCGGACUGCACGGGCUCCCCGCAGCGGCCGCUGUGCGCGUCCGACGGGAGGACCUUCCUGUCCCGCUGUGAGUUCCAGCGCGCCAAGUGCAAGGACCCCCAGCUAGAGAUCGCCUACCGCGGGAACUGCAAAGUGCUGACCUCGGAGCGGCCGUGGGAGCGCAGAGGCGGCGUCCACCGGGACCUUCCCGUCACGCCCGCGUUCUCUGCGUGGGCAGAAUGCCGAGGGCUGCGGCAGCUCCUCAGCACGGAGGCACCGGUGUGGGUGUGGAUGGACGGCUACCCGUGUGACCACCAGGCGGUCACUGGGCCACUGGCGGAGCAGGGGGCGGACGGCCUACGAGGGUUCCUGGAGCACGGAGCCUGGGCCAGUAGGCCUGGCGAAGCUCCCAACGCUGGGGCGCCCGCCAUCCUGGGCUGGGAGAUCGGCCUGGCAGCGUCGCGCCCCCGUUCUCAGGUCCAGUGCCACAGCUACACAGGGUAUUGCUGGUGUGUCACACCCAACGGAAGGCCCAUCAGCGGCACCGCUGUGGCCCACAAGACGCCCAGAUGCCCGGGUUCUGUAAAUGAAAAAUUACCCCAACGGGAAGGCACAGGAAAAGCAGAUGAUGCCGCAGCCCCAGCGUUGGAGACUCAGCCUCAAGGAGACGAAGAAGACAUCGCGUCUCGGUACCCAACACUUUGGACAGAGCAAGUGAAAAGUCGGCAGAACAAGACCAAUAAAAAUUCAGCAUCCUCCUGUGACCAGGAGCAGCAGUCGGCCCUAGAGGAGGCCAAGCACCCCAAGAACGACAACGUGGUGAUCCCGGAGUGCGCCCACGGCGGCCUCUACAAGCCCGUGCAGUGCCACCCGUCCACCGGCUACUGCUGGUGCGUGCUGGUGGACACGGGGCGGCCCAUCCCCGGCACCUCCACCAGAUACGAGCAGCCCAAGUGUGACAGCACAGCCCGGGCACACCCAGCCAAGGCCAGGGACGCGUACAGAGGCCGGCAGCUGCAGGGCUGUCCUGGUGCCAAAAAGCACGAGUUUCUGACGAGCAUCCUGGACGCGCUGUCCACAGACAUGGUCCACGCAGUCUCAGACCCAUCCACCUCCUCUGGCCGGCUCUCGGAACCAGACCCCAGCCACACCCUGGAAGAGCGCGUGGUACACUGGUACUUCAAGCUACUCGAUAAAAACUCCAGUGGAGACAUCGGGAAGAAAGAAAUCAAGCCUUUCAAGAGAUUCCUUCGGAAGAAAUCCAAGCCCAAGAAAUGUGUGAAGAAGUUUGUUGAGUAUUGCGACGUGAACAACGACAAGGCCAUCUCUGUGCAGGAGCUCAUGGGCUGCCUGGGCGCCUCCAAGGAGGAAGCCCACAGAGCCCCACUUCAAAGCCCAGGCCUGGUUCCAGCCACCAGCCCUGCCCCCCAGCUCAGCUCCAUGUCGGCCUGCUCCUCUCUUCCACAUGGCUGUCCCGGUCUCCUGUGGCCCAGCCCCUGGGCCCCGUGGAAGGGAAGACCACCCCGCACAGACCACGAACAGGCUCCGGCCGAAGGCACAGCAGGCUAUGUGGAGGGGGCAGACCGGCCGCAGGUGUGAACACCCACCGCCCAUGGUUGUGGCUCCCCUCUUUCCUAACGCCUCAGGGGAGAGGAGGCAUGCUGAGGGCGUCCUGAUGUUCCAGCGAGAGGGACCGGGAGCUGGACGCCCACCCUGGGGGCAGUGGGCAGUCCUUCACGUGGGGCCAGAGCUGCCUGCAGACCCGAGCAGUGGUCAGUGCUGGCCUGCUGGCCCCGAGGACCUGUGUGGAGCAUGGGCGGGAGCCGGAGCAGCCCGUGAAGCCUCAGCUCAGACUCCGGCAGACAGUCCUUCCUGGCCUGUGUCUCCCGCCAGUUACCAACGCUGGUGUCUAGUUGUGUGUGCAGAUAGUUCAUGAGUCUUUUGCUUGUUUAAGCUAUGCAACGGUCAAACACAUGCCAGCAUUGUCUAGGUAACGCUUACCAUCCUAAAUGUUUUGGAUAAUCUUUUAUAUUUUUGAACUUCAAAUUUAAUCGUUUUUCUUAGAUUAAAAUAUGCUAUCAAAAGUG